UCCGAAGGCCCACCCGAUCCCGGUGGCCGGCGCGAAUCAAGAAACAGCAUAACCUCAAUGACAACAAUCCUAGUUGGACAUUCGUAUGUAAAUAAUAUACAAAUACAAGUGUAUAAUCAUCGCCAGAUAAGUUACUUCCGCUAACUCAAGUAUGUCGUCUUCGGUAGAGAUUGAAUCGUUGAAGGAUGAGAACGGAAAAAAUAUAUAUACGGUAUUAUGCACAUUUUGCUCAUCGAAAAUAUUAAAUCCUGGAAGCUCAACCUACGUGAAUAUCGAGGUAGCGGUGAAAUUGCAUCGUAUGCAACGAAAGGACGAAGAAGAAGUUGAAGAAGAAGAAGAAAUAUCGGACUAUUGGAUGGUAGACGAUAUGUUCACCUUUGAAAACAUCGGCUUUUCAAAUACCGUCGAAAACCUCAAAUAUCUAAUUUGCGCGGACUGUGAAAUCGGUCCCGUAGGCUGGCACAACCUUACCGAUCAAAAAUCGUACAUUGCUUUAUCCAGAGUGAAACAUGACUGAUUUAUUCAUUACUUGUCGAUAUACGCUAUUAAUCAAUCCGCGAAUCAUAUCGCGUGUUCGUCUAAUUGAUAUUAGAUAUUUCAGUUAGUCGUAUUCGUCGUCUAUAUAUGUAUAUACAUAUAUAGACUCUAUAUAAACAUAUAGAGUCGUCAACCCAAUUAUGAUAUUGGUUUUAAUAUACAAAAAACUGAUGUAAUUAUUUUAUUAUCAUGUAAUUAAUUACAACGACUUACUAGAUUAAAGACGUCGCACCUUCAACCGUGCGUAUAAGUAAAAAAUGUUAGACCUAUUCAUUCGACAACCCAAUCGCGCGACGUAUAAAUCGAAAAUACUGUAUAACUCGUGCUAUUUCACACAUACGUAGAUUGUAUCAAACGGUUAUCAUAUUAUAUUCGCACAACAACAUUUUUUACGCAAUGUUGCGAUAGGAUGCGGUUAUGAAUUAACAAGAUCAUUUUAGUCGAGGGGAUCAGUGAGGUUGGUUCACACCAUACCACCUAUGUACCUACAUUAUAUAUUUAUAUGUUAUGUAUACAUCAUUUGGCAACAAUCGUGUGAAAAUCUUGUUUACACGUAAUCAGAAAGAUCACGCGAGUAACUUUGUUGAAAGCUUAUGAAUUACUUAUUAUCAGAGGGAACAAUAUAUUGGAUUACUCAACGACACAGUUUAUACUAGAAAUACUCGCGAUAUUUCUUAAUAAAUUAUGUCGACUUCUGUUUUUAGUCAUACUCGCCCAUGUUACUUUGUAAGUACACGCUUAAAUUCAGAUCAUAUAAUUAUUCAUAAACAUACGCUGCCUGAAGAUUCUUUUUAGUGCUGUAGAACAGGGAUCGUGGCUAUUAGGCCAGUUGAUCGCGACCACGCAAAGAAAAAUACAUGACUCUGUCCAAAAAUAUUUAAUCUAAUUCUCUACGGAGGGAAUUACGCGGGAUUAAAUUGACCGUUUUCAGACGGACGAGCAAAAAAAAAAUUCGACGAAACUAUUUUGUUGAUUUAAGCAAGUAUUGUUAUCGCCGAAUUCGACAAUAGCACUUAGUUGAAUCAAACGAAUAUCACUUGACUCAAAUAAUCCUUUCCCUCCGUGUGUGAUAAAGUUUUGAAAUUGGUACAUCGCACAUAGUUUGAUAAAGUUGGUCAUAAAAAUGUGAUCAGAAGUCAGAUUUUUUGGUCUAACUAUAAGGUAACAAACAUCUGCAGUUCUUUCUCGUGUUUGCCACUCUCAACCGCACCUACAUAAUAAACAUCAGUUUGCAGAGUAUUCUUUCACUUUAAUAACAAAUAGUACUUAUUAGGGUUUUAUUUAUUAAAGUUUUACAUAUUGUUGCAAGUAGACGCGUGUCAAAUGCAUAUAACUUUUACUAUCCUGACCAAAUAACGACCUUUGCAUCGUAACGUGCCUCGUAGAUUUUCGUCAUUACUGAACUUCCGGUGGAUCAUCUCUCGGACAAUUACGGCGGGAUAAAAACAACCAAACCAAGACUGAGUCGAAGUGGGAAAGCGCUGCGCUGUGUCCUCGGGGAAGAAAAGAUGAAAGUAACGAAUACAUAUUCAUCUAUGGGGUAUUCUAAAAAUUUUCUAAAGGUGGUGAAGCCUCAUAUCUUUUGCCUUUCGAACGAUUAAUUAGAAAUUCUUUCUGCUUUUUUUAGUUGCUAGACGAUAAGUUUUCUUUAAAAUCUUCAACAUUCGAAAUAUGAAACAUGACGAUUAUCCGUGCUUUCAAAAUUCGUUAUCAAAAUUCUUCAACGUUUUUGAGAAUGGUAAACAUUUCAGUCUCUCGGUAUGUUAAAUUGCAUAUUAUUGACAUUCAUAUAUUACUCUUAAUGGACAAUAAAAAGAUUAUUUCAGUAUUUAUUCCAACGUUGCAUUGGGAGCGUCCUUAUUUGAAAGUACCACACAUUCCCACGCGUGCGCCUUUUAAUUUCGUUAUAUUAAUCUUCAUACGACCAUUGUACGUUUUUCAGACUUGCAAAUAAAUUCAGUGAAAAUACCGCAGCUACGACGGUGCGGUGACACAAUGAUUUUGCAUAAUAAGCCUGCAGAAUGCCUUCCAGGUACAUUUGUCGCACACGCCCUCUCGCGAUUUCAACUUCUGAUUUUCUACAAAGCUCCGUGAGAUCUUGAAACAACCACAUUCGGUGCUUUCACAUUUUUAGCAUUUCAUUUCAAUUCACAAAUUUGGAACUUUGAUACUGUGGACGAACGAAUCUACAAUUAUUUCGGGGAAAUUUAAUUAAAAACAUGCGAAAUUCUUAUGAAAUUCGCGAGUAGUGAGACAUCAAUAUCGUUCGAUAAUUUGGCAGGAAUAUUCGAUCGACACACAACGAGGAGUCGCCUGAUAUAAUCUCAUUAUGCCUUUAAGGUCAAACUAAUUUUGAACACCGGUGAGGAAGGAGCGUCUUAAUUCGCGAUCUUGACGAGCGGCAGUCUAAGCACCGAAAUGAUUUAGGAUAGGUUGCGAAAUCUUAAUACUACAAGUUCAUUAAAGUUUUGAAGGAAAUAUCUGCCCGACAAUGUGAAAAAUGUUACAAAGUUUUAGCAUGUAUAAAUAAAUUCUUUUCAAAAAAUGAACAAUCUGAAAGACUAUACUGCAAACUGCCUAUAUUACAAGGUCUUUCUAUCUGAUGACAUGCGAAUCGUAUCAGCUUCUCAUUCCAUUUGAUUUCUAGUCCAGGUUAGAGAUGUGGGCCAGGACCAGAUAUAGCUAGAGAAAAUGGUAUGAAUACCACGAAGUAAAAAAAUAAUUAUCAUAGAGGAGAGAAAUGCUUUCACCAUCCCACUGACUGACGGUAACUCUAUGUCAAGUUUAGUAACCGGAAUGCAUUGUCUGCCAAGCUGUGUGUAUAACUAUGGGUUCAAUUCGUAAUGGGAGAAGGCGGAUUGUGAAUCAACGAGGUGAAUAUAAUAGAGCUGAUGGCUCCACAAUCGCAGUCAUGAUUGAGUCACGACUCACGUUCGAGUUCGAGUCAUAUCCAUGUAAUAAAUACAUACAUGACAGCCAUUAAUCUUGUGGGUAAAAUUCAACACUAGAAUUUCGAUUGCUUUCGUCCCGUUUAUCCGGUGCAAAUAAUAAUAACUAUAUAUUACGACA